AUGGCGUCGAAUAGCGAAGCAAGGCCUUUGCCGAAAUUCGGAGAAUGGGAUGUGAAUGAUCCGGCGACAGCUGAAGGAUUCACCGUUAUAUUUACUAAAGCUGGAGAGGAUAAGAAAACGGGUAGGAGCUCAAGCAAAGCACCUUCACAGAGGAAAAAAGACGGUGUUAAACCAACCAAGAAAUGGCUCUGUUUUACAUUUUCAUGA